UUUGACAGGCACAUGUAAGGACGGCAUGAAACAAUGAAGAGGUCCUUCGAGCGUCUCGUUGCAUAGAAACGAAAACCAUCAUACGGCAUCUACAAACGCUUAAUACUUGUGGGUUCUGUAUGAGUAAAGAAAGCCGUUAAACUUUUCUUUGUAUCAUAUGAGAAUAAUACACUCAGAACCGUCAACGACAUUUGAAAACGCACCCUUGGUUAGUAAAUGGCAUCACCGAUCAUACAACAGUGCUAGCCGGGUGUCAACUAAUUGUUCGCAACCGUUUCUCCAAGUGCGCUGAAGAAAACGUGACCAUAUCUGUAACGUUACUAUUCACAGUUCCAGCUGCCUUCAAUUUGGUUUGAUGCGAGGACCGACGAACCAGUGAAAUAAAUGGUACCGAGCGGACACACGAUGUUAACCGCAGGUAACCGAUGGCAAGCUAGCUAAUAUCACUGUCGUUGUCAGUAGCCACCGGUUGCUAGCUCCUGUGGGAGGUAUCGCGUUUUUUAGGCACGAUACGUGCUUGUCAAUACAAGUAUCCACGUGAAAAUAAUAAUAAUAAUAAAUAUAUAUACAAACUGCAAAAGUGGAGAAUGGCUAGUGACAUUGACAGCAUCCCUGAACUGGACCAGAAAAAAUACGAUGCAGAGGAACAAGUGAAGAUCAUUUGUCUGGGCGACAGCGCUGUCGGUAAAUCUAAGCUGAUGGAGAGGUUUCUCAUGGACGAAUAUCGUCCCCAGCAGUUGUCAACUUAUGCUUUGACUCUCUACAAACACACAGCCUCUGUGGGAAACAAGACAGCAGUAGUCGAUUUCUGGGACACUGCUGGUCAGGAGAGGUUUCGGAGCAUGCAUCCAUCCUACUACCACAAAGCACAUGCUUGCAUCAUGGUUUUUGAUGUUCAAAGAAAGAUCACAUAUAAGAACCUGGCCAACUGGUAUAAGGAGCUGAGAGAGUACAGACCAGAGAUACCCUGUUGUGUGGUCGCAAACAAAAUUGAUGCUGAUUUGAAGGUGACUCAAAGAAGCUUUAACUUUGGGAAGAAGCAGGGACUCCCAUUUUACUUUGUAUCUGCAGCUGAUGGGACUAAUGUAGUUAAGAUGUUCAGAGAGACGAUCAAGAGAGCAGUGGAUUACAAGCAAAACCCCAGCGAUUUCAUGGAUGAAGUACUGCAAGAACUAGAGAACUUUGACCUGGAGAAGAAGGAAGAUGAUUCAGAAGCAGAAGAGGACAAACUGAAAGCAAAGACUCCCGAGUUGGUUUGACAGAUUUUAAAAGAUCCUCCAAACCCUCUCGCCAUCUCAUGGGGUAUUUCUAAUCCUAUGAGUGGCCAGAAGUCACUGGGAGACUGGUCAACAGAUGCUGAGAAGGGGAAGUUCACCUGUGAGACAAGGCUGAGGUAUUGCAGUGAUACAUCCACCAUUCUAAACUUCACAGUGCAAACAAGGAGAAAACCCAACAAUGAAAGAAAAACCCCUUUGAUAAGAUCACUGGUUCCAGUGGGUGACCAGACCCCAGUGGGUUUUUAAAAAGAUUACAACGUUCCCCCUACGCUAUGCAGAUUGUGCUUUGUUGAUUAAAAAAUAAGAAAAAUAACCCUUCACUAAACUAAUUUGAUCUAAUGGUGUGCAGGUCUGUUACACAUAGCUCAUUUUGCAUUUGUGGUAAACUUAUAAAACAGUCCAAUCAGGUAUUCAUAACAGCACUGUUUCUUCUAACGAGGCCAAACUGUGUGAGUCCAGACUGCACACUUUUAUGUCUCAAGUGUUUGUGUUUGAACUGUUAGUUGUAUUUAUUUAGGAACAGUAAGCCAAACUGAAUAAUAAUUUUGGAAAGGUUUUCCAGUUGAAAUAUAUACGACUGUACUUCCACCACUAGGAAAUACAGCAGAAUCUAAUAUCUGUAAUUGUCAAGAUAUCCAGGAGAUGGCACCAUAAUCUUGAAUACAACAGCUAAUGAAUGCUGUAACUAAGAUGGUCCUGAAACACAGACAGAGUUAGAAGUUGUUUUUUGGCACACUUUUUGUGUUUUUUUCUGCACUGGGCUACCUCAUAUAACAUAUCCAAAACUCAGAAACUGAAGGUCUGAAAAAGGAAAAAGGAGUGCUGCCAGACAGAGUGGAGGGUAAGGAGCACAAAUGCCAUUAGGGAGUGGGUGUAACUACAGAACAGUGACACUGCAUAAGCUAUACCUACACAAUUGCAAAGUGAGUUGUUGUGAGUUGUCUUGCAAUAUAAAAUGUGACAAUGGUUUUGUUCAGUACCCCAUGGUAAUCUCUCUCUGCCUGUCUGUCCCUCUUGAGCAGGGCAGUUCACUUUUUAAAGAUGUCAUUCAGUACAAAAUAAGAACGUAAAACAAUGAUGUUCAAUCCGAAAUUGAAUUUGUAUGCAUGUCUGCAUUUUUCUUGUGUGUAUGCAUCAUGUGUGUGUGUGUGUGUGUGUGUGUGUGAGACACAGCCGCUGCCGGGAAUCUCUGAUAGUAAUACAGUAAGGCUAUAGUGGACUCCAAACAUGUAAACCCUAACAAUCAACCAUACACUCUCUCACUGUCACAUUCUCAUCCUCCCUCUCAAACAAUACAACAUGGAAACAAGCAUUUUACACACAGUCAAACACACGUGGUGAAGAGGAACAACCACACAGAGAGAUUCAGGGAAUCUACAGUGGAUACACACAUGCGCUUGGACAAUGGGUGGCUUUUAUGUUAGCACCUUGUCACCUUGUUUUGUGCAAAUCCCCUAGUUCAUAGUUCAGAGUUCAAAAGUUCAAGAGUUCAUAGAAAGAAUAAAAUCUGCUCACCUUUUCCACAGGUGGUUAACUAUGCAUAUAUGCCAAACAUUCAUAUAUAGAUCUAUAUACUUUUGCUUUCCAAAAUUUAUAUGAAAUCUAUCAUAUAUACAUUGCUCGAGAUUUUAAAAAAGCAAAUAUUUGUAGUUCAUGUUUUACAAGUGUAAGUACAUUUAGAAUGGACAGGAUUAUUAGUUUUCUCCUUUUUUCUGCCAUUCUAAAAAUCAAAUGAGUGACAGAUUUAAGUAUGUUUCACACG